AUGGCAGCGCGAGGCGCGGUCCUGUGGCUGCUGCUGGCGGCGGUGCUGUGCGCGGCGGCGGAACCGCGCUGCCCGUCGUGUGCGGCGGGAGCCGAGCGGCGGCUGCUGGAGGAGGUGGCCAAGCGGCAGCUGCUGGAGAAACUGCGGCUCCGGGAGCGGCCGAGGCUCUCCCACGCCGUGCCCCGCGCUGCCGUGGCCCGCGCCCUGCGGCGGCUGCAGGCGGGAGGCGCCCGCCGGGGCCCCGACGGCGACGACGACGACGAGGAGCGGGCCUACGAGAUCAUCAGCUUCGCGGAGCCAGAGCCCAUGUCUCCCUCUGGCUUGGGGCUGCAGUUCCAGUUCAGCCGUCCACAAGACCAGGACAUUCACAUCCUGCGGGCUCAGCUUUGGCUCUACCUUCGAGUUCCCCGAGACCUGGUGUCCAGCCUCACCCUCAGAAUCUUCCUCGCUGGUGGGGAAGGUGAUUUGGUGGGUGGCAAUCGCACGCUGCUGAGUGAGAGGCGCCUGAGCUCUAAGGGCAGUGGCUGGCGUGCCUUCAGCCUCCUGCCUGCCCUGCAGAGGUUUUUUUUGGGAGAACGCAGGGCCCUGCGGCUGGAACUGGAGAGCCGUGGGGACAGGGGUGAUAUCAUGGCAAUAGUCGAUGCCAGCCGAUCCCAGCAGCCCUUCUUGGUGGCCGAGGCAAAGCUGCGGGAGCCGGGACACCGUGUGGCCAAGCGGAGCCUCCGCUGCAGCCAGAACUCCAACCUCUGCUGCCGCAGGGACUACUACGUGGAUUUCCGUGACAUCGGUUGGAAUGACUGGAUCAUUAAGCCCGAGGGCUACCAGAUAAACUACUGUGUGGGCCAGUGCCCCCUGCAUGUGGCAGGCAGCCCUGGGAUGGCCUCCUCUUUCCACACAGCUGUCUUCAACCUCGUCAAAGCCAACAACGUGCAGGCAUCGGGGCACUCCUGCUGCGUGCCCACGCGGCGCCGCCCGCUCUCCGUGCUCUACUUCGAUCGCAACAGCAACAUUGUCAAGACUGACAUCCCUGACAUGAUUGUUGAUGCCUGUGGCUGUAGCUAGGGUUUGGGUUGUACUGGAUGCACCCCCCCACCCCUCCCACUUCCCUGUCUCCAGAACUGUCUCUUGGGUGUUGGGGUGAGGGGAAGGGGGAGAGUGGGAGAAGGAGCAGGGAGAUGGAGUCAGACCGUGGUGCUUUGGAAAGGGUGGGAGAGGGUCUCAUCAGAAGGAGCAGGGGUUGGCUCCAGAUGGUAUCUGGGGAAGGGGUCUCUCUGGACAUGUGGGAUGGGGCCAAGGCCACAUCAGACUUCCUGACUCUGAGCCGUGGGUGGCUGCUGGCUCUGGGCAUCCAUGCCCUGACUGGCAACUUUCUUCUGGUCCCAAGUUGAUCCCACAUUUCUGGUGGUCAUGUUCCCCUCUGUGUGGGGUGAAGGGGCCCACAUCCUGAGUGUCUGGGACUCAGCCUCCUUGAGAACAGAGUGGGAUAUGGGAAAGAGUCUGUUUCUUCCAAGUGGGAAACCUGAGGAUGAUGCAGUCCCACUUUUCUCCCCUAAUGCAAUAAACCUUCCUUGAUCAAAUUUUGGCCUGUUGGUGACAGGUGGCAUGAGGCACAAAUAACAGGUCUGGAAGGUAAGGAAGAAGGGUAUUACUUCAUCAAGAACCCCAAAACAGCAAUGACUUGACACAGUCCUCUGCCUCUAGAAGGGUAUCUGGCUGUGAAGGAUGAACUUAUAUCCUGGCUAGAUCUGGUCUAUUUCCACUUUCAUUUCUCUAGGUUUUGUGCUUUUCUUCCCUGCUGCCCACCCCACAAAUCAGGUCUCUUCCAGCCUGGUGCCUCCUUACGAGGAGGUCUGGCUCAGAUUUUGCCUUUAAAACCACAUUAAAGGUACAGAUUUUCUUUUUUUUUAAAUGCACCUCUAGUUUUGGAGCUAUUGUUACUUUUACUGUAGAUAUUUCUGCAGCUGCUGGGACUCCCUGGUUUUCCAUCCUGUCUACCCCCCACUCUACUGAAGAUCCCACUCUGCCUUUGCCUUCCUGAUACUCAAGUAUGCAAUGCACCCAUGGGGCCUGGGCUUUUAAUUUAUUUUAAUAGUUUGGUGCGGCUUCCCCAAUAAAUGGGUGGAAAUGCAA